UCGAUCAGUGACGUCUUUUUCAUCAUGGCGGCGCCCAGCGAGAAUCAUGCUUGCAUUUAUAAAUUGUUUUUCUUCUAACAAAAUGGACUCAAGCUAAGUUGUCACUUAAACUAGUAUAUAUCUAGUAAAUAAUCAUUUAUCGAAUUACUUAGAUAUUAUGGCACGUUAUUUUAAAUAAUCUAUUUACCACGCAUUUGUUUGACUUUAUGUUUUACAAAGGUUAUUGAAUAGGGAUAAUUUGUAUUGAACUAUAUAAUGCAUGCUCGGUCUGUUUCUACCAAUAUCACUAUUCUGGUCAGUGUAAAAGCGUUCAAGUAGCUGCUGUGUGUGAUGCUUCUGAUCACUCUGUGGUGAGAAGAACCAAACCAUUAAAGUGUCAUCUUCAUUCUUUAAGUCAUUCUUUGAAGAGCUAAAAAUCAUGACAGUUUCACUACAUUUGGGUUUCUCAUUCAUGACUCGUAUAUUUCCCAAAGCCUAUGUCAUAUGUUUGAGGAGACAUAAUAUGGUUUGCAAUAAACCAUUUCUAUGUGCUAUGAGGCUCUUUGGUACUGGCCCAAAUGAUUCUGACAGAGAGGACAGUAGCUCCGAUGCUUCUGCAUCAGCUUUCCCACAAUUCUCCCGAAGAGCUUCUUUGUUUGGAAGGCGUCGACCUUUGUCUCCACUGGAGAGGGUCAGUCAGCUUCUGCCUGAGGACACAUUAAGUCAAGAGGUUUGGGCUCUACGGGACACUAUAAAGAGUCAGGUGGAACAGGAUGUGCAGAGUCUGGGGAAAGAGCCAGAAGCAAUAGAGGUACCUCGAGAAUCUAUUGCUCCAAGUCAAGUGUGUGUACCUUGGGAAAAGCCGAUAUGUUUUGGAGAGACUCUGCUGGCUGAGUUCAGUCGAAAGAGAUGUUUAAAGUUUCAGAAGAUGUUCCAGCUAAAGGAGGGACUGAAGCUCAGUAGCAACUGGGGAAUAAUACCUCAUAAUGACAUUAAGGGGCGACAUGCAGGAAGCAUCAUACACACUUCAAAAGGAAUGCAGUUUCUCAUUCGUCGACCUGGUCUGGAUGAGUUCACUCUUUUCAUGAAGAGAGGGCCAGCUAUUGCAUACCCUAAAGACGCCAGUGCGAUGUUGACCAUGAUGGAUGUGACUGAAGGAGACUGUGUUUUGGAAUCAGGCUCUGGAUCUGGUGCCAUGAGCCUCUUCCUGUCCAGGGCAGUGGGUUAUAAAGGAAGUGUUUUGAGCGUGGAGAUAAGAGAGGACCAUCACAGAUGUGCUGUACUAAACUACCAGCGUUGGCGGUCCUCGUGGAGUCUCCGUAGAGGAGAGGAAUGGCCUGAUAAUGUUCAUUUUCACCAUGGAGAUCUUAUAUCUGCCGGACCUCUUCUGGCAGGGCGAGGUUUCCACUCUGUUGCUCUGGAUAUGGUUAAUCCACAUUUGGUCUUACCUGCUGUGGUUCCGCACCUUCAUCCCGGAUCUGUUUGUGCUGUUUAUCAAGCAAACAUCACACAGGUCAUUGAUCUGAUGGAGGGCCUGCGAUGCUCUGCUCUUCCUCUGGUGUGUGAACGCAUUGUUGAGGUUCAGUACAGGGACUGGCUCGUUGGCCCGUCAUACAAAAAAGAUGGCACAUUUAACAAAAGAAAAUCUCCUGAUUAUGAUGAUAACGCCGAUGACGAAAGUGAAUCAAAUGAAGUCACAAAAGGGGAUAUGAAAUUGCCGGUGCCGUUUGGAGAUGUCCCAUACAUCGCACGUCCUCAUCCUGAACAGACAGGCCAUACAGCCUUCCUCAUAAAACUACGAAAGAUCUUGAAAUAGAUGUUCCACAUUCAAUAUCUGUGCAUAUCUUUGUCAUAUAUGUUGUAUCGAUAAACUUACUAUAAAAUAAAGACCAUUUUUUUAUUGCA